AUGGUAAAGAUGGCACCUAGAACAGCGGUACAGGGUAUGAUUGAGCACAUUGGCACCAGGGUCACUGUUCCGGGGACCCCUGGACAGGGGAUUCUUCGGUAUGUGGGAGAGAUUGAGGGCAAGAACGGUGUUUUCUGUGGUCUUGAGCUUGUAGGAAGCAUCGCUGCACUCAAGGGAAAGAAUUCAGGAGCUGUGGAUGGAAUACAAUACUUUGAGGUGAAGCAGGCACAGUCCGGGUUGUUUGUGCCGAUGGAACGGUUGAAAUUGUCGAACCCACAGCUUUCUAUUUCGCGUCCAGCAAGCCGGAAAAGUAGUGGGCCGGGAUCUCCCAAUAGUGGAACUCUGAGUCCCAUCACUGGUCGUAACUACAAUAAUUCCCCGCCUACAUCAACACCAACUACACGAAGUGUGCUGAAAGUGAGUAGGCCCGGGAGUAGAUUGGGCUCAUCUGAGGUCCGUCCAGCUUCUAGAGCAUCUAGACAUUCAUCCACCAACACCUCCAAUGGACUCCCUAAUAAUAAUAAUAAUAGUGUUAACACACGAGAAAUUGAAAAUCAAGUAAAGAGUUUAUCAGCCUCCAAGAUAACUCUUGAAAGAGAACUUGAGAUCUUAAAGAAUGAUCAUCAAAAGAGUUUAAAUGAGAUGAGUGAGAAGAUGACAAUUUUGGAAGAAUUGCAAAGUACAGUAGAAUCUCUUCAUCCUCUUUUAGAGAAUUAUGAAAGAGAACUUUCUGAGAAGGAAGCCAAAAUCUUGAAGCAAAGAAAAGAUUUUGAAAUGGCAAGGGAAGAAUGGAGAGAAAGUUUGGAUAUGUUGGUGAAUACACAUCAAGAAGCUGAAGAUUAUUAUGAAUCUGAGAUUGAUCAAUUGACUCAGAAGUUAAUCGAAGCAAAGAAGGAGAUUGAAGAAAGUAAAAAGACCCAAGAAAUAGAGACAGAAGAAGAAAAGGAAAAGGAAGAGAAGGAGCACAUUCAAAAUAGUACUAUAGAUAAUGAUUUACAACUCAAACUUGAUGACCUUACUAUGGAAAAGAUAAUUCUUGAGAAACAAUUGAAUGCCAAAAUAUCAGCACAAGAAAUUGAAAUUCGAAAGAUGAAGGAGACAGCUGGAAAUGCCGCUGAUUUGCAAAGUUUUAAAGACGAUAAUGUAGAAUUACAAAGGAAGAUAGAAUCAUCUAGUGUUGUGCAUGAAAAGAUUAUAUCUGAUUUGAAACAGGCAGUAUUGAAUAGUCAAUCUGAACAUUCUGUGGAAGUUGGCGCAUUGAAGGAUACAAUCGAUGCAAUGCAAGAAAGAAUAUCUGAACAAAAGAAACAACUUGACGAGGCUUCAGGACUUCUGGAGAGAAUACAAUCAGUUAACGGAGAUCAUUCUGAUCUUUUAAAACAAUUCGAAGACAUGAAGAUCACUUCUACUGAUACAAUUGAAGGAUUGACCAAACGUAAUACAGAACUUGAAGAAACUUCAAUAAAAUUUCAAUCAACUAUAGAAUCUCUCCGUGAAGAGAUUCUUCAAACCAAGGCACUUACUUCUGAGAAGAUGGACAAUGUAGCACUCAAAUUACAAGAAACCAUCGACAUUUUGAAAGACGAAAAUAAACUUUUGCAGGAGCAAUUGGAAGCUGCAAAAUUAGAAGUUAAACAACUCCAACAGGAGAAUGAAUCACACGUUGAAAAAAGUGUACUUUCAACGAAUUCAAUCGAAGGAUUGAAAAAAUCCAUUGCAUCAAUUGAGGAUGAAAAACUGAAACUCGUAUCUGAAACUGAGGGUUUAAAAGAGGAAAAAUCGAAGCAUAUCUCUACAUCAACAUCCGAACUUUCUAAAUUAAAGUCAAUUAUUCAAACUUUACAAAAGGAGAAUGAUAGUCUUCGUUCUAAAAUCCAAGAACGUGAAACUUCUAGUGAUAGCUCCAUUGAGACUUUAAAGGAAGAGAACUCCAAAUUACUUGCUAGAAUUGAGACGUUGAAUGAGGACAGAGAAAAUAAAAAGAAGGUGAUAUCAGAACAGACGAACACACUUCAUAAAGAGUUGCAAACAGUAAAAAGUGAAAAUUCCGCUCUACAUGAAAAAAUUAAUAAGUCCGAAGAAACUAUCAAACAAUUGGACGCUUGGAAAAUCACAUCUAAAUCUCAAUUCGAUGAAUUUCAGAGUACAAUCAGAGCCAAAGAUUCAUUUAUUGCGGAACUUCAACUGCAACUCGCUCAGAGCAAGAAUUCCAAAAACACUGAAGAAUCUGAGGAUAUUUUGAAAUUAAGAUCUGAAAUCAAUGCUCUCAAGAGUGAGAUUAGCGAUAAUUCAAACUUAGAGAAAAUGAUUGAGCAACUUAAACAUGACUUAGAGAUGAGACCAACCUUUGAUGAAUUGUCUCAGCUUCAAAAGGCAAUUGAAGAAAUUGAAGCAUUACACAAGUGGGAAACUGAAAAACAGAAUAGAGAAUUACAAGAUGUAUUAAAUUCUAAAGCUGAAAUUGAAAGUCAAUUAAUAACUACUGCCAAUGAACUUAAGAAACUCAAAGAAGAAAUAGCUCAAAAUGCAAAGGAUAUGUCAAUGAGCUCCACUGAGAGUUCCAUUAGUAUCGGACUUCCUGUAUAUUCACCAAAAGUUCCAACUGAUCCAAGUAGCGGGAAGGAUAAAUGGUGUGGAUUAUGUGAAAGAGACGGUCAUGAUAGUAUAAGUUGUCCAUACGAAAAUGAUAUGUUCUAA